UCAGGUGAAGGAAAAAAAAUUGAAUUUAACACAUUUUACUUGCGCGUGAGAUGGCACAUGACAAUUAAAUAAUUUUCCUGAAGCCGUACGCAGAACAGAUCCUGGGAUGUCGCCGCCGAAUCCUAUAAUUUACUAGUUCUAAAAGGUUCAAUAGGGAAGGAAGGAAGGAGGCUUAUCGUUUUUGCACGCUGAUUACCGUCAGACUUUAUGUGGAACUACAGUAAAUAUCCAGGUGUUGUGUGGGAAUGUAAUGUUUUUGUGCCAAAGGACCAGGAGUUACCCCCUAUUCAUGAACUUUUGGAGCUUCUAUGCUAUGGUAUUAAGUGGAGCCCUACCCAUUCUAUUUUCAAGUUGUUUUUGAUAUUAUGCCUGCCGAAAAUGGGACUAUGGGAAAUUACUAGGACUUCUCUAUAUCGCGCAAAUCACAAGGAGCUACAGGAUCUUAUUUGCCAUUAUGCGGAAGAAGGACAGCCCAUUAAGUUGGCUGCUUUGCUUUGCUUUCUUCCGGUUGAAUUUUUCUGUUUUUCAUCAGAUUUUGAUGGAUCUGCUGAAUCGUUAAGUACUUACGUAGAACGAAAAGAGACCGAAUGGUUAACUAGAAUUGAGGCUUUACGUGGAAGGAUUUCAGGUAAGAUCUUGUCACUAAUUGUUGAGGAGCGGAAAUUAAUGGGCAGUGGAAGCAGUGAUUUGGCUCAGAUAUGCAAGAAGAAGAAGAUGUUGAUGAUGUCUGUGAUGUUGUUGAUUGAAAUCUACGAGAGAUUUGGUGAUGAUAUAGGAUUUUGUGUGACUGGGGCAAAUGGCAUGACUUUGGAGCAGUCUAAAAGAAUGGCAAACAUUCUUGUAGACAAGCUCAAGGAAUCAGGCUUCCCAGUCAAGAAUGAAUUUUUUGAAGUUUUUAAACAUCUUAACUGUUCCAGUGAUGAGCGGCAACCGAAGGUUGCAGGUGGUGCUUGUGGAUCUAAAUUUGAACAAAAGGAUCCUAAAAUCCCAGUCUACAAAAAAAUUCAGAGUCCUCCAAUAACAAAGCAAACAAAUGGAAUGCCACUUGGGCAGCAAAGGAGGCCAAUCUCGACACACUCUUUGCAGGAGAAACCAGGUUUACUUUCUAUGGUGCAGUCAAAUUAUAUGUCACAGAGGUUUACAACAAAGUUCAGUCGAAAGUUUUGCACAGCUACUGAAGCUCAGAUCAGGCGACCUGUGCCAGGUCUUGCGCAAUGCAAAAAAUUGUCCUCUUUUCUGUCGGUCAUCAAGAGGGGUAUUUGAUAUCCCUAAGUGGCAUAUUUUCAGAUUUGGAUGAUGAUAUUAUCCUCCCUUUUCUAGAUUUUUCCUUGCUAACUUAUAGAUCCAAAUGAUUCCUAGUGGCAUCUUUUUGUUGUGGAUUUGGUUAUUCUUUGAUUGGAAGUUUUACAUUUUUCACUUAAUUCUGUAUGAUGAGUUUUAUACAGGCAUGCAAAGUACGGUAGCAUUUUCUUAUUCGCUAGCUUCUUUGACUUAAAAAUAAUUUUGCUAGUGGUUUUUUCAUCUGAUUGUAGGCUUAUGAAAACUGUAGUAUCCAUUUAGAUGCAGACAUUGAUGUUUUGGGGGACUUCUUUAAAUCUAUCCAAUCUCUUCUCUUUCCACUUUAAA